AAGGAAUCUGCCAAGGCCGCCCCAUCGAUCGCCUCAGGGGGCGGCCGGACCACGCCACCGCCCGCCCGGCCCCCGCGCUGUCCUCAGGAGCCCGGCGACGAAUCCCCGGCUCGGGCUCCGUGCUGCCGCCCCGCCCGCCGGCGGGCCAGGGGCGGGACCGGCGCCGACUCCGCUUUUGCUCCGGCCGCGGUCGCCGCUCCGCUCAGUCUCGCUCCGCUCCGCUCCGCUCCGCGCCCGCCGCUGCCGCUGCCGCCGCCAUGAGCGCGGAUCCCGUCGUCUUCGUGUCCGCCGCCAGGACCGCCGUGGGGUCCUUCAACGGCGGGCUGUCGUCGCUCCCCGCGCACGAGCUGGGCGCCGCCACCAUCCGGGAGGUGCUGCGCCGGGCCGGGCUGGCCCCCGAGGAGGUGUCGGAGGUGAUCCUGGGGCAGGUCCUCACCGCAGGUGCUGGCCAGAACCCCGUCCGGCAGGCCAGCGUGGCAGCGGGAAUCCCGUACUCCGUGCCCGCCUGGAGCUGCCAGAUGAUCUGUGGGUCAGGCUUGAAGGCGGUGUGUCUGGCUGCUCAGUCCAUACUGAUGGGAGAGUCCAGCGUCGUGGUCGCAGGGGGCAUGGAAAGUAUGAGCAAGGCUCCUCAUGUCAUUCACAUGCGAGCUGGGGUCAGAAUGGGAGAGGCUUCCUUGCAGGACACUAUAAUCUUUGAUGGCCUUACAGAUGCUUUUUAUCAGUAUCACAUGGGCAUAACAGCUGAAAAUGUGGCCAAGAAGUGGCAAGUCAGCAGAGGCGAACAAGACCAACUUGCUGUAGAGUCACAAAACAGGGCAGAGGCAGCACAGAAAGCUGGCUAUUUUACAAAAGAAAUUGUUCCUGUUCUUGUACCUUCAAAGAAAGGUCCUAUAGAAGUUAAAAUAGAUGAACACCCUCGACAUGGGAGCAACCUGGAAACAAUGGCAAAGUUAAAGCCCUGUUUCCUGACAGAUGGAACUGGGACAGUAACAGCAGCUAAUGCUUCAGGUUUAAAUGAUGGAGCUGCAGCUGUUCUUCUAAUGAAGAAAUCAGAAGCUGCUAGGAGAGGUCUUAAGCCUUUGGCUCGGAUUGUAUCUUGGGCUCAGACAGGUAUAGAUCCAUCUAUUAUGGGAGUAGGGCCCAUUUCAGCAAUAAGGAAAGCUAUUGACAAAGCUGGCUGGAGUCUGGAACAAGUUGACCUGUUUGAAAUUAAUGAAGCCUUUGCAUCACUAUCUCUUGCGAUAGCAAAAGAACUGAAAGUGAAUCUAGAAAAGAUCAAUGUACAAGGUGGAGCUAUUGCUCUUGGCCACCCUCUGGGCGCCUCUGGUUGUCGCAUCCUUGUAACUCUCCUGUACGCACUGGAACGAACUGGUGGGAAACGUGGUGUUGCUGCCCUCUGUAUAGGAGGAGGAAUGGGAAUAGCCAUGUGUGUUGAGAGAUAAAUGUGAGGGAAUGAACGAACAGCUAGUGUAAACUAGCUUUGAAACGUUUUACUAAUAAACUUCUAAUAACAUUUAACAGCA